GUGCCCACAGUGCCCAGUGUACGCUGACCUGUGUUGUGUUGUGUUUAACUUGGACGUGUUUGUGUGCUUGGAUUUACUUACGCGUGUCAUCGAAAUCAAACAGUAUUAUACCAGUGAUCAGUGAGUGUGAUUUACAAGUGUUAUGAACAUGUGUGUGCGAAGACUGUGAAUUUGUGAAAAUGAUAGUGAGGUAGCAGGACGCCCCCUGGCGGAUCGUCGGAAACAUUCCACUUUUAAAAAUAGUUACCCAGGGCCCGGAGCAGCGCAGAGACCUCUGCAAAAUGACCAAGGGCCCUAGGAAAGUCAAGCUAGUCAUUGUAGUCAACAAUAAGAAAGACCCGCCGACAUUUAAGACGCUAACGCCGACGUCGCGCACGCACCUGAAGCAGCAGUUGAUGCGCGAACAUGCGCAGGAGCAGCGCCGCAGGGAAUCUUUACAGGCACAGCAAGCGGGCCAGUCCAAGGACAAUGUGGACGAGAAGAAGAAGUCAGUACCGGCGGACGUGCCGCGGGUCGUGCCUCACGUUGAGCUGCCGCCACAGGUUCUGCAGGUGCGGACAGUUCUGGAGAACCCCACCCGGUAUCACGUGAUCCAGAAACAGAAGAGCCAGGUGCGACAGUAUCUCAGUGAAUCCUUCCAGCCCAACACACAGGUGUCGGUGGUCCCGCGAGGCGCACCGGUACAGUCGGCGCCAGAAUUGGGCGCCAAACCACCGCCAUCACCCGACCAUGGAUCCUCAUCUAGCCUGCUCAGUCCUGGACUCUGUUCCGUGGGCACCACCAACUCAGAGGCUGACGAGUUCCUAGAAGACAUCCUAUCGCUAGACAGCGGGGCGGGCCCCCUGUCUUCAUCAGGACCGCCUUCGGCCGCCAGUUCGAUCGCUGGUGACUGCGCGCUGCUGUCAGACGCUGACAUGCACGCGUUGGCUAAAGAUCGGCAGAAGAAAGACAACCAUAACAUGAGAACGUCUUCAGCCACCAGUUCCCUAGCUGGUGACUGCGGGCUGCUGUCAGAUGCUGACAUGCACGCACUGGUCAAGGAUCGACAGAAGAAAGACAACCAUAAUAUAAUCGAGCGCCGCCGCCGCUUCAACAUCAACGAUCGCAUCAAAGAGCUCGGGACACUCCUCCCGAAGACCAACGAUCCCUUCUACGAGGUGAUCCGCGACGUGCGCCCCAACAAGGGCACCAUCCUCAAAUCCAGCGUGGACUACAUCAAGUGUCUCAGGGACGAGGUGAACCGGCUCAAGCAGAGCGAACAAAGGAGGAAGCAGAUCGAGCUGCAUAACAGGAAACUCACGCUUAGAAUACAGGAAUUAGAGCGUAUAGCACGAUUACAUGGUCUACCGCUAACGGCAGCUGAAAACGGUGCCUCUCCCUCGCCGGCCGAAGACACGCCGCCUCCUCCUGCACCGGAGGUGAUCCUUCCAAAAACGGAGCCGUCGCCGCUCAUGGAGCUGGGCUCGCCGGCCGGCGCGGGCGGCGGGGGAGGGGAGCAGGCGCGCCCCGACCUGCUGCGCGACAUGCCCGGCGCCCGCGCCCACCCCGGCCCCGCAGACUGCCUCUCCGUGCCCGACGCUCUAGAUGGUUUAAAGCUGGGUUCGUGUUCACCGCUGAGAGGAGAUGAAGGCCUGUCUCUAGACUGCUUAGAACCUGAUCUGUGUCUGGAACCGGAGCCCGAACACUACCUUAAUCACAAACACAUAAAGAUGAGGAUGUCUCCGUCGCCCGGGCUGCUGGGCGGCGACGACGCCGUGCUCAACCUCGCGCAGAUCGAGGACCUCAUGGACGACGACUCGCACAACCCCGUCACCACAGGAGACCCGAUGCUAUGCUCGUCGCCAACGUCGCAGCUAUGCAGCCUAGCGGACGUAGUAGGCGACGCGACGGAGCGAAGUAUCGCCAGCAUGCUACAUGAAGCCGCACAAUAUUCUCCUCACAGCGCAGGCACGUCUGGUCUAAUGGGCGACGGGGCAAUAAGUCUAAACGGCCUCCCCGGGCUGGGCGAGGGCUGCCUGCCGGCGCUGCUGCUGGGCGGGCCGCACCACCACGCGCCGCACUCGCCGCACAGCCACCCGCGCAACCACUGCUUCGACAUGGACCUGGGGGCUUAGCUUAGCAGAACUGCAGGUCCAGGUCGAGGUAUACGGUUCGAAGGACCAUUGAUCUCUUUAAGAACCAUCGAUCCGAUUAAAAAGUCUAUUCACGUCGAAAUAUGAUCUAUUUUAAGACUCGACGCAUGAUACGCCAACGAUCUUGCUCGAUGAACCAAUAAUCGAUUUUGAAGGACCACUAAUCCGGCUCGAAGAACCACUGGUCUCGUCUGGUCUGUUAAUGGAUCGCUAACCUGGUUUGAAGGACCACUGAUUCAGUUCGAAAGACGACUAAUCCGGCUCAAGGGACCCCUGAUCCGGCUCGAAGGACCAGUUGCUGAAUGUAGGUGCUAUCAAACACACACAAUGACUCCUGAAUGUGUUAGUGAGAGACCUUGGACUCUUAUCUUGAAUUUGACAGUGAGAUUAUGUCGGUUUACAGAGAUGUCUGACAAUAAUGAACUACAGGUUUAAAUUGAUAAUUAGAAGAAACGAACUUUAGUUUUGUAGAUUGGUUUUAACAUCAACGACCGUCUUAGUAGUUUUUAAUUUCGUACCAGUAUUUUUGGAGAUUAUUUUAAUUCUUCCAUAUAGAUGGCGUUGUUUCCUUCGAAUUGACUAUUCUGCUAAAUAGUGUUCAAAUAAUGUUCUUAAAUAAUAAUCUAGUUAUAAUGUGUUCAUUAUUUGACUAUCGGCACGAUUGGUAAGAUUAGAAUAUUUUUGAUUGUUUUUAAUGUAUGCCAUUUAUGGAUUUUACUAAAUUACAUUAAAAUUUGUAGACGCCUUGAGUCCCAGUUACUUUUAGAAAAACCAAAGAGAUCAUUAACAUUUGGGUAGAAAUGAAAACAUUUUUUAUAAAAAAUGUCACUCCACUAAAAAUAGUUAUUUUAUAUUAGUAAAAUCCUUCCUAAGUAGCUUAGAAUUAAGCGUUGUAGUAAUCGUGAUACAUUAGUUACCAGCUCAUUUUAUUGUUAUUUUAAAAGCUAUAUUUUUAGAAUAUUUUGUUUGGCUGGAUACAGUUUUCAUUCUUUUAAAUUACUUAAAUAGAUUAGAAAAAUGCUUGUUUAUUAUUAAUAAAUACAUUUGAUGUUUUAAACAUUGCGUAUAUAAUUAUAUGCCAGUAAAUUCUGUUUACGAAGUAUUAUGAAAUUUUGACAAUACUAUAUUUUAUAAUAAAUUAUAUCUUAAUAUGGUGCUCUUUUGGAAAUAAUAUAUUUAUGAUAUUAUAAUUAAAUUAUAUCAAUACACUGGGAUAUUAUCUAACUGACGGACCACAAUAUUUUAUACAGAAAAAAUGUGAUACAUUAUAUUUUUAGAUAAUUAAUCAAUAAAUAAUAAAAAAAAAUAUUUUUGUACAUAGACUAUUUCAACACCUUUAAUGUGUAUGAAACAAAGUGCCUUGAUUGUAGUAUUUAUGAUGUUUUUGACUUCGUGUAAAUAAAAUUAUUAGAAUUGUUGGAAAAACACUGGUUUUGUAGAUCACAUGUUAUUUAUUAAGUUUUAUUUUGUGAUGAUUUUUAUUGUUAAGUGUUACUGUUUGAAACCUAUGCAGUAUAACAACUUUUGUCGAACAAAGAUUUAAUAGGUAUUUUUAGAAGCGAUGUGUUAUAAAUUCGGUGCCACUCUUCUUUACUUUCAUACAAAAUACCUAAGUGUUCCGUGAACAAAGUUUUGUACGGAACACUAAAAAUGACACAACUUGUGUACAAUGUUAUUGAAACUGUACAACAUUUAGAAUGAAGCCAAUUGAUGAACUAGUAGAUACCUAAACUUAACCAACUUUUUAUGGCCGUAGGUACUAGUCUAUUAGACUGUACUUUGAAGUUUUUCUAUAAUUUAUGGUACUGAAAUAUGAUAUUGCAGAUUAGUAAACUGAAGAAAAUGAGUAAAAUCAUCUUUGAGAACGAAGAAUUUAUGAAAAAUUCAAUUUGAAUUGUAUUCCGGAUAGGAAGAAAUUAAUAUAUUUUUGCCUACGGGAAGUGCAUAUAUAAAUAUGUAUCAUGAUAUUAGAGCCAGGCUCUAAUAAUGUAUUGUAGAAUUAUAUAAUUUUUUGUGAGGUAGGUGUUAUCGCUCGGAACUAAAUUAAUAAAAUAAAUAUUGUUAAGACUAUAAGUGACACUCCGUCUAGUGUGGAAUGAGCUAAAGUAGAACCUCGGUUAUCCGAAUAAAGUGGGACAGAGUUCGAUUAAUCAAAUGUUCGGAUAACGAUUGAAGGUUUUUUUUUGGGACUAGAUUAUACAAAAACAAAACAUUUUUAAAUAAAAAUUGUGCAUAUAAAAUUUUAUUUUUUCUAGUUUUAUUUAUACGUACAUAUGUCGUGCAAUAAAAAACGUUGGUGCCAGUUUGCGCUCAAAAUAAUGUAAGCAAUACUAGCUAUAACAGUUUUAAAUGCCUUGACUUAAAUAGUGAAAUAUGAAAAUAAAUACUAGCCUAAUAGGUAUCUGAAUUAAUUUUUAAAUAGAACAAAGCCCGGUAGUAUUCAAGAACGGGUCACUCACGUGAGUGACUUCACUUACGUGAGUGGCCCGUUUUUAAUAUAUUUAAUAUGUCUGAGUCUCACGGAAGUUUUGUUAUUAAAAAGCCAGGUAGUGUCAUUGAAGACUUCUUAUGGUCUAAACUAAGCAGGGGUCACCAAAUGGCGGACCGCAUCCUUACCGCUGACCUAUUUUAUUUUUUUGCUUAAUAAACUUAAGGAGAAGCGGACUGCGAGGGUCUUUUUAUUUUGGGACCCCUGGUCUAAAGCUUUAUUAUUAGAUUGUAAUUUUAUUAAUUACAGGCAGCUAUACAAGUAUUUAAAAAAAUACCAACAACAUUUUUUGAGACAAUAAUGGCCUUUAUUUAAGUCUAAAAUGUAAUAACGGCCAUAAGGUGAAACAGAAAAUAGUGUAUUAUAUACCUAAAGGUACUACAAAGGCCGGGAUGUAGGGAUUUUCCAGUCGAUAUACUUAAACUGAAUCUACCUACAAUUUUAUGUUUGACAAAAUCAUUAUUAAUAUAUGUAUUGUACCUAAUUGAAUUUUCGAGAUUAAAUUGAAAGAUAUUGAAAACAAAAUGUUUAAAUUUUACUAUUGAUGAUAUUUUGCUAUGUUACUAUUAACUCGAAGGUGAUAUUAAAACUACAGUGCCUUAUUACGUAUUUGAAGACAUUAUUAUAACUAAAUAUUUCUAUUUAUAUUAUUAUAUUAAAGUAAUUCGGGCGAAACACAAUCAGAUGUAUGAAUUGUAUGUUAUUUAAUAUUGUAUGAGAUUAAAAAUAUUGUUGAAGUACAAAACGUAAAUAAAACACAAUUUACUAGA